CGAGAGGGAGGAGUGGGAGAGGAGAUGCAUCGCUUGGGAGGCGGCCGAGGCGGCGCACUUGGAGGCGGUGGAGGCGUGGAAGCGGAGGCAGCCCUCCUCCUCCUCGGCGGGGGGCGGCGGUGGGGCAGCUGGUGGCGGCGGCGGCAGCGGCGGUGGCGGCAGCGGCGGCGGCGGCAGCGGCGGCGGCGGCAGCGGCGGUGGCGGCAGCGGCGGUGGCGGUGCGAGCGGCGGAGAGCAGCUGCGGCAGCCGAGCUGGUGCGAGGCGGUAGAGAGGUCGCGGGCGGUGGAGAGGUCGCAGGCCCAGGAGAGGGAGGGGCGAGCGGCGGUCGAGCGCCAGCCGCGCGGCGGGCCCGCGCAGCCGGGUCGCUCUGCGGAGGCGCCGAUGGUGAUAGACGGCGACGAGGGCGGUGGGGGCGGCGAGGAGGAAGAGGGCGAGGACGAGGCAUUGCGUGCCGCUAUCCGCGCGUCGCUCGCUCCGCCUACGGGCGCAAGCUCGAGUGCUUCGGCCGCCCCCGCGUUCGUGCCGUUCGCCGCGGCGCAACCAGCCGCGCUCGCUUCGCCUCCAGCUCCCCUCCCUGUGCGCAGCGACGACACGUUUGGCAAUUUCAGCAGCGAGGAGGCGAUGUCCUUCUCGUCGUCGGCGCCGCAGUGGGGCAAGAAGGACCUGUAUCCACUCGCCGGUUCGUUCAAGACUUCUGCCAUGGCAGAGGGUGCGAUCGAGGGCAGCGCGUCCAACUACGAAGUGGCCGGGCCUUACUCCACCACCUUCACGUUUUCUCGCUACGACGGCAAGGAGGCGAAGACGCCGCAGCCGGACCUGGUCGCGCCGGUCGACGCCUCGUCCGUGGAUGAAACGGACAGCUAA